AUGUUCAAAUCGUUUCGUAUUGGCGAAGAAAAUGGUCAACGCUCCUCUCGUUUAACAGGUAAUACGAGAAAAAUCAACGUGACUGAGAUAACGAAGCUGACGCCAAGUGAUCAAAUCGUUCUCAUUGUAAAAUGGGAAAAUAUUCGGAAGGAUUUGGCUGAUCAUCGAAGCUUGUUGCAUUACGUGCUAUCUUACCGCGAAGCCCCUACGAAUGUCUCUAUUUAUGAUGGCCGGGAUGCGUGUACUGCUGAUCCGUGGAAAUACCUUGAUGUCCCGACAUCCCAUGAGCAAAAUGACACCGUCACUCAUUUGAUCACCGCUCUUAAACCGGCAACGCGAUACGCGAUAUACAUCAGAACUUAUACCAUUCAGUCUCCCGCUGGUUCGCAAGGAGGUAUUUCCGACGUCCAAUACGUAACGACAAAUCCUACGACUCCGUCAAAUCCUCGGUUUGUUCGGGUGUGGUCUGAUAAAAGCGAUCAAUUGACCAUCUCUUGGGAAAAGCCGCUGCAUGAAAACGGUGUCGUUGGGAGGUAUAACAUCGAAAUUCGGGAACACGAGCAGACUUCUCCUCGACAUCGAUGUGCUAAGUCGGACACUGACCCGAUUGGUCCGAUUCCGCCCUCAACUGACGUCACCCGAGCCAAAGCAGAUAGAGAUCGGCAGGAAGAUGAGCGGAUGAAAGUAGUCCCAGACGAAAGCGAAGAGCUCCGUGUGAAUAACUAUAUCCGCUCAGAGUGCUGCGCUUGCCAGAAGAAGCCAGAUCUCCCCGACGACGAGAGGAAUAAAGCUGAGGAGCAAGUCUUGUUCGAAGAUAAACUGAUGGGACAUGUGUUCUCAGGUCGCCGGGCUGCAGAUGGCAGCAUCCAAUGCCACAUCGACAUGGAGAAAUGUGCUAAUACUUGCCUCGUUGACGCAAGCCAGAAAAACAGAGAAAAGCGAGAUUUGCACGCUGACUUCUAUGAUGGUAUGGGGUCAAUCGGCUCUCCCUCAUCAUCGAAUCAUAUCUUGCGUCAGAAAGAAGAUGCUACAGUACCCAGCUACGACGACGCAAAGGGAGCUGAUAAAAUAGAAUGGAUAGAGGUAAUCACGGACAAGACUAUGAAUGACACUCUCGUUGCUGGGAUGGUGUGUGUUCAUUGGCGAGCCCCGAGCAAACCGAACGGCGCAAUCGUUGGUUAUCGUCUAGAAUACAGACGGGAAGACGUCGAUAACAUACAACCUGAAGAAAUUUGCAUCCAGUUGCAAGACCUGAUUCCGCGAUGCUCUCGCUUCGAACGAUCAAUUUUGGGGAAUAGUUCCGAUCCCGAGCCCUUCCCUCCCGGUGCUGAGCAUUAUUACUUGGCCAAACUGAACACGGGCGUGUAUACUUUCCAUCUGCGAGCUAUCAGUGCUGCCGGCGUUGGUGAACCCAUCGUGGAAAGGAACAUCCGGGUUGAAGCACACACUGAGGAUUGGAAAGUCACAACAUUUGCUAUUGCCAUGUCGGCUGCAGCGCUGCUCUUAAUUAUCUCGUUCGUUGCAUUCAUCGUCUGGAGGAAGAACGUGACUGAGAAAAACGAACAGCGUCUCACUUGGAAUCCCAACUACGCCCUGGUUCUUAAUGAGGACUACGUGAACAGCAAAUUGAAGCGCGAAUUCCAGAUUGAUCAAUCAAGGGUUACCCAGGGAGACGUGCUCGGUGGCGGUGCCUUCGGGAUUGUAUACCGAGGUACAUUGCAAAUGGAAAACGGUACGAAAAUCAACGUGGCCUUGAAAACAACGCAAGACUGCCAGGAAAUGACAUACAAAGAUUUCUUCGAUGAAAUUUCACGAAUGCAGGACCUUAAAUGUGAGCAUAUCGUAAAACUGAUCGGCGUGGUGAAUCAAGGUCGCGUUCUUGCUGUGAUGGAACUUAUGGAGAACGGAGAUUUGAAGAAGUGGUUGGAAACGCAGCGGAAUGAUCCUGAAUAUGGACAACUCAUCGCCAAUUUCGACUUCACAUUUGUGAACGAGUUGUAUCGGAUGGCAGCCGAAAUCGCUGAUGGAAUGGCCUACUUGUCGCAUAAUAAUAUCAUUCAUCGGGAUCUUGCAGCCCUAACGCCGGAAAGAGCUCCGAUGCGUUGGAUGGCCCCUGAGUCGCACAGUGAGUAUGUCUACUUCACCGAAUCGGAUGUGUGGAGUUACGGAAUCGUGCUGUGGGAAAUGGCCACAGGGGGGCUCGUGCCUUAUAAUACGUUAAAAACUGAGCAAGUGGGAGAAUUUGUGAUUGGUGGAGGAACCUUGAAUCCUCCGCCGCAUUGUCCAGAUCGGCUUCGUGAGGUGAUGAGGAUGUGUUGGAUCCGAGAACCCUCCGAACGUCCGUCGUUCAAGAAGCUAGUCGGAUAUUUCGAGGAGUUCUGUCGGCCUAAUUUCCGCCGAGUAUCGUUCAUGUAUUCUGCAUGUCGCGAUUUAGAUACAAGUGAUCCACUUGCCGCCGUGGAUGCCACCACUCCUUUGUGCAACCCCGAUAGAACGGCGAGAAGCACCGAUGGAAUUUACGUUUCUGCCGGGGACGGCGUUGAAACUAACAAAAUAACUUCAACAGCGACGCGGUUCAUGAAUUUCUGGCUUCGGCGAAAGCAAGCGAUUGAAGAAGGUGAUGAUGAUCCUGAAGCAGCGACGAGACGCCGGAAAGGAGGAAUUACUUCAAUCUUCCGCCGCUCUGGUUUGUCUCGGCGACCGGACGUGGCCCUUCCAUUGACAGACAGCGCUGCUUCACCGAAACAAGUAGUCCGUCCGUGUGGAGGUCAACCUGCGCCGACUGCCACUGUCGAAGUGGCAGACGAUAUGUUUGAUAAUGGCCACCCAGUUUCUUGGCCGUUGGUGAACUCUGGUGAUGAAGAGCAGAACCGACGGAAUGAAACAAGCACAUACAACGGAGGUGGUGGACCGUCGUCGCCCUGCUCACCAGACAGCGCAAUCAACGGCCAUGUUCCCAUGGUGGCUGUGUCGGAUGUAUGA